AAAAUCGAAAAGAGUGGGGCAAAAGGAGAACCUGAACCUCUUCACUGAAGAGCAAGUUUGAGAGCAGACACUGCGGAAGCAAUUUUUCAACAUGAACCUGGUAGCAGAUCUUCUCUGUUUGUUGGUGUGCCUCACCACAGUGACUUGUGACCGGGUCUAUGUCCACCCUUUCAAUUUGUUUUCUUUCAACAAGAGUACUUGUGAGGAGCUGGAAAGCCUGGUCCCGGAGGGAAAGAAAACCUUUGUCCCCACCUCCAUUGAGUCCCAAACAACACUUGCUUACGAAGAUGACCCGAAUGACAAGGACAAACUGGAAGCCCCAAGCCUGAGUGUCCGGGAGAGGCAGAAACUGAGUCACAUGAAGGACUUUGUGUACAUCCUGGGUGCACGGUUUUACAGCGCACUGCGGGAAGCGCGGCGUGGCCAAAACGUCCUCCUGUCCCCAGUUAGUCUUUACAGCUCCUUGGUGUCUUUCUACCUGGGCGCCUCAAAUCAGACAGCAGCUGAUUUGCAGCGUUUGCUGGGAUUUAUUCCCCCCUCUGGAGACCCUGACUGCACCUCCAGGGUGGACGGACACAAAGUCCUUUCCAGCCUGAGGAUGAUCGAAAGCCUCGUCAAGAGCAGGGACAAGGAGCUGCUCUUUUCCAAGAUGCUCUGCCUGUUCUCUGCCCCUGGUGUGCCUCUAUCCCAACCGUUUGUGCAGGACUUGCUCCCCUCCACUGAUGCUCUCUACGCCCGAGCUGUUGACUUUACAAACCCAAGCGAGGCAGCAAAGCAAAUAAAUGCCUUCAUGGAAGCCAAAAGCAAGGCCCAAAGCAAGUGCUUACUGACAGACAUCGAUCCAUCUGCCAACCUGCUGUUUGUGGUGGACGUCCACUUGGCAGUGAACGUUAAGCAAGCAUUCCGGCUCAAAGAGCCUCAGGAGUUCCGGGUGGAUUCAAACACAGAGGUCUUGGUCCCUAUGUUGUCAGUCACGGGAACAUUCAAGUACAAAACCGAUGCCAGUGGGACUUUUUCUGUGGUGGAAGUCCCCAUCAGCAAGACCGCACUGCUGGUGCUGCUUCAGCCCAUCAAUGGCAGCGACCUGGAGCGGGUGGAGGCGGAGCUGCAGUUGCAGUCCCCGGCCUGGCUCCAGCAGCUGUCCCCAAGAGAAAUUAAAUUAACAUUACCAGAGUUAACAAUAGAAGGCAGCUCUGAUCUACAGGAGCUUCUUGCAGAUAUGAAACUGCCUGAACUGCUGGGGAAGGGGGCAGAUCUCAGUAAAAUAAGCGACGUCAACCUAACAGUUGGGAAGGUAAUAAAUAAAGCCUUUUUCAAACUGACCAGUGCGGGAACAGAUCAGCCAGAAGAUCCCACAGCACAGAAGGAAGAUGUGGUGUUCCUGGACAUAACACUGAACAAGCCCUUCCUUUUAGCUGUUUCUGAAGAGAAGUCAAGGGCAAUGCUUUUCCUUGGCAGAAUAACAAACCCUCUGCACGGGGUUUAAAUGCAAGCAUGGGGGAUGGGGAGGGAGGAGAAUGAUGCACAUUUACCAUCACCCUUUUCUUAUUCAUCAGCUAUUUUUACGAUCUUGUUGAGUGCUCUACUUCGCUUGGAGAUGAAGCAGGUAGUGUUUGAAAUACAGCUUUUUGAAAGCUAAAACAUUGCAACAUUUUAUCCUUGUUCAUGUACUUCAUGUGAGGUGACUCAAACUCUUCCUCCAGCUUCGCAUCUUUCCUUAUUCCCACUUUGUCUCCCUUCUGCCCCCAGCUCCCUGUUUCAAUGCAGUGGGGACACAGUAUAAGCCAAUGCCCUGCUGGUUACCGAAACUAAUUUUUUUAAGCACAAGCAGCAUUUACUAUGGAAAGGUAUACAAAAGGAUCUCUUCAUUCUUUAAGAGGUCACUUUUUAAUAUUCAGUUUGGUCAGUUUUGCAAGGGAGACCCCUUUUUACAUUAUAGUGAAAGUUUUACAGCUAUCCACAGAGAUUUCUAACUUCAUCAGCAACAAUUUCCUUUAAAAUGCUGCCAACAGCAUGAGCAGGCUGCGCUUGUCCCACUGAGACAAGAUUUUUUGCCUUGGAAGCAAAAAACACACUUAGAGGAAGUUUCUUCUUUCUGCAGCCCAGAUGGAUGCGCUCAUUUCUCAACUGUAUGGAAAAACUAAAAAUAGGGUUUGGUAGCACUAAUGAACUGUGAUGGAAAAACUCUCAUAGCCUGACAGAAUUAUCUCCACUUUUUUUUAGGAAAAAACCUAAGGCCUACUGUUCCAAUACAAUUCCAUUCCUUGGAUUACUUUCUAACCUGAGAGGCAUUUAUUACAGCCUUAUAGUGAAGAAGAUUACUGGUUAGAGCCCAUCAGUAAUCUAACACAUCCAAACCAUAUGUUCUUAAAAAAGUAUUAAUGGCAAUAAUACAUACUAGUAUAAGUGGUGGAUGUGCUGCUACACAUGAAUAAAAAGGUUUCAGUGGUCCAAUUCAACUCUUUUAAGAGUCAUAAAGGUUUGAAACAUUAAACUGGAACAACAAAUUAUUAGACUGUUCUUGAAUCAGGAAGUGAGGAGUUGGGAAUGAAAUCCAGGUACUAAGGAAAGCCUCUCCAUGGAACAAGGAUUUCGACCUCUCAUCUCUAGAUUUAGUCUUUUGCACUGAUGGUGUUCAGAAAAUAACUGCAAACCUCUUUGGUACACGAUGCCAGAUGUAUCCUACAGAGCACGAUAGCUCGUUGUCAUCCACAGUGGCCUAAAUGUGUACCUAAUCCAAAGCCACUAACGCCAGUGGCCUGGUAUUGGUGAUGUAGAUACAUCAUAGAUGCUUCUAGCUUGAUGGAAAAGACUAAUAAGUAACACAAACCACUCUCUAGAAUACCAGAAUUUUGAGUGCUACGAUACAACAUCCACGUAUUUAUCCAAUUAUACUAUAUGUAUUCCAGAUGCCUUAACAUCUAAAUACAAUACUUGUAUUAUAUACAGAAGAAAUUAACUAUAAAUAUGCAGAGAUGGAAAGAUGCAAAUAAAACGACUUCCAAGUUGCUUUGCCACAGUUCAAUUGGGUUUAUGUCCAUAACUACAUCAUUUGUUCUGGCUUCUGAAAUUUGCUCCAAGUCAGAUUUAUGUUAAGACAGUAAAUUGUAAAUUAUCAUGCAAUACAGCCAAUGCUAUAGCUUUAAGCAUGAAAGAGGCAGCUUCCAAGUGUUCAUACUAAUUUAAAAGUUAUCCCAUCUACUCAAAGUCAGAAGGUAGCACCAGCCACAAAAAGAUGCACUUGUACUGAAGUAACUAAGUUUGAGGUUACAAGAAUUCUACAUGUAUUCAGGCAAAAUAUUCCCCUGAAUUCUAGUAGAAAAUAUAAUACAAAUCAGAAAUACAAUUCUGAAUAAAUUCUAGCUUAGUGAAUUAAGUUUUAGUUUGAAGGAAAACAGGUAGCCUGAAUGUAACACCCAGUAAGUUAGAUACUGAUACUAGAAAUUAUUUUUGAAAUUUAAAUUACUUUAAAAGCUUUUUUUAAGCAGUACUUCUAACUAACAAGGUCUGUGAAAAAAACAAAUCAGUAAAAUGAAAACAGUCAAAACCCAAACAAGAGAUAACCACAUCCCACGAUGAGGGAAAGCAGGUAAGUGCAAAACAGUAACAAGAAAUAGCAGAUUCCUAUUCCUCUGAGUACUUUCUUUAUUCCAGAAGAGCUGGAAUAAAGCCCCUUUGAAAGUUUUUGACAGCCAUCAAGGAAUACAUUUGAUACAAAACCACAUGUGACAUAAGAAGUUAGGAAGACCAUUUAUUACAUAUUAUUUUCAUCAUAUAAGUUCAUUCUUCUACAAUUUUUAGAUGUACAACAAAAAUAAAAAAGCAUUUUCUUCUACUUUUAUUCCAUAGUAGAAAGUUUAGAACUUUUGAUUGCUUUCCAUAUAAUGGAAAACAAUGGUAAAUUCUCAGUCUUUUGGUGAAACAAGCCUAUCUUGACAGAAGAUGGACUAAUUUGUUGCUCAAGAUAUGUUAGGAAGCACUUCAUUGCUACUUAUUUGGUAAAAUAGAGUUAAAUUCUCUUUCUUUUAGGGACAUUGUUUAUCUUCAAACACAUGCUUUCAAAAAUAUCUAGGAUUGUUCCACUGUAGCCUGAUCCUUGGCAGCUAGAACCAGCUCUGUAAGGGCUGAGAAGCUUUUUAUGCUGCUUGUUUCCAGUCCCAUCUUUUGUAUCUAAAGAGAAACAGAAGAAAUAUUAAUUUUCUUUAAAACAUCAAAAGCUCACUAAUUAUACUACUUAAAACAUUUAGCAAAGUAUAUAUUUUGUCCUGCAUUGGCAUGCAGCAAAAAAAUACAGCUGCAUAUAGUGCACACUAUAAAAAAAAUUUGCAUCCAACUUUGCUCAGUUAAGUCCUUCCAGUUAAUGUAGCAGCUUGCAGGGAAAUAUUUGACCAUCUUCUAGGCAACCUGUAACUAAAGCCAGUUGAAAGUUUUCCAAUGAAACAGUCAGGAAGAGAAACUUGGCUGUAAGUUUGUUUUUAAUGCAUUGAUUUCAAUUGAAAUUUUUUCAAACCCCAAAUGAGGUUUCUGGGCAAAACUUUAAAGAUAAACAUGAAUACAUCCAAGAACAGCCAAGAACAUGAUGAUGAAAGCAUUUCAAUAGGCUGCAAGUGCCUAUGGUUCCAGCCUUGAACUUCCUGGGGGAUGAAAACAACUCUACAAAUAGAGAGGUUGCUACGAAUCAUUUCUUACCCAGGAAAUAUAUUGCCCUGACAAUUAGAAAAAUACAGCCAUGAGAAAACUAAGAGUGCACUGAAAAAAGAAAAAUCUGGAUUUCAGUAAAAUCAUAAUGGAAUGAUUCUGAAAAGGUGUUUGCUGCUGGAAGACUGUAAUGGUUACAUGUACCAAAACAGCUCCUAAAUGAUUAUGAAUACUCUGCCCCAGUUCAGCUUAAAUUCACACUGCAGUGAUGUUAGUGCACGUGGUAGGAAUAAAAGAACAAAAGCCCAACCCCAGCCAAAAACUGGCAAAUAAUAGCUCUUUUUAGUAAGAUUUCCGUAUUUCCACCCAAAUCUUCCUUUGUGAUAAGUCUCAGAUAUAAGAAAAGCAUCUGCACACACAGAGGCAGACUAUCUACCUGUGACAAUGCAUCAACAGCAUCUGCUCAUAAACAAGACUGAUGACAACUGCUUGGCAACUGAUGAUACAGACUUGCACUUGGAAGUUUGUUUAUCUCUAUAUAUAAUUUUCAGAAAUAAAUGAGUACAAACCA